AUGCAGGAAGCAGCGAGAUCAGAAAACCGCUCUCACGAUUUCGAUAAAAAUGAACAAAGCCAUCUCGAGAUGGUGGCUACUCGCACUCCGCCGAGCGAGCCCGAGAAACAGCAGCUGGCGCCUGUCAUGAGUAGAGGCCCAGAAGUGCAUGAGAAGAUGAACGCAAGGUUGUUCAUGACUCUUCUGUGUAUGUCAUUUCUCUGGAUUGGCUCUCAGAUCCCGCUCUACCUCUUCGGCUCUGUCCUUCCUUUGAUAUACCAAGAUAUUGGUGGAGUUGAUCGAUACGUUUGGUUUGUAAUCGGAUACCUCAUUCCCAAUGCAGCCCUCUGUCCAUUUGUAGGCGCCUUGUCAGAUCUUUUUGGGCGUCAGAAGGUGGCCAUCGUGGGUCAGGUUGCACUCAUCAUCGGGCCGAUCAUAACUGCGACAGCAAAUACCAUGAACAUUGCCAUCGCUGGCCAGGUCUUCUCGGGCAUCGGCGCCGGCUUGAACGAGCUCAUCGCCCUUGCCGGCACAGCAGAAGUUGUGCCUGUCAAGGACCGUGGCAAGUACGUCGGUCUUGUCGUGAUUACCAUCCUCCCCUUUUGCCCCUCAGUAUUGUGGGCUCAGUUGAUUGCUCAACAAAGCAACUGGCGCUACAAUGGUAUCUUAGUGGGAGUAUGGAACUUCAUCGGUUUGAUACUAUGUAUCUUCUGCUACAAGGAUCCGUCUCGCUUGACCGAGGAAUACACCGCCCGUCAUGUCCUCCGCCAGGUUGACUACAUUGGUGGUAUUCUAAGUACAGUCGGUAUCACUCUGUUCAUGAUGGGGUUACAAUGGGGCGCGUCACAGUAUGAAUGGGGAAGCCCGCACAAUGUGGUGCCUUUCGUCCUAGGUCUCGUGCUCAUCAUCGCCUUUUUCGUGUGGGAGGUGUAUGCUCCAUACCCCAUGGUUCCGAGAGCGCUCUUCCACAAGGCGAAGCAGACCAUGAUCGUCAUCCUUCUCAUCACUUUCCUCAGUGGUGGUAACUACUUCGUCAUGCUACUCUUCUGGCCGACCCAGGUGUACAAUGUCUACGGUGACGACCCAAUCGGCGUCGGUAUCCGCUCUCUUCCCAUCGGCUUCGGUAUCAUCGGCGGCGCAGUCGUCUGCCUUGUCCUCAUACCCAUCACCAAAGGCCGCGUCCGCGAGUUGAUGAUCUUCUUCACGGCUAUGAUGACGGCCGGUACAGGAGCCAUGUGCGUUGCGCGACCCGACAACCUCAAUGUGGUAUACGCUCUCGCCACACUAGCAUCCGUUGGAGUGGGUGGAGUCAUCAUACCGUCCUCAAUCAUUGCGCAGAUCGCCUGCCCAGACGAACUCAUCGCAACUAUCACCGCCAUUACACUUAGUAUCCGCUAUCUGGGUGGCGCAAUCGGUUUCGCAGUAUACUCCAACCUCUUCUUCCGCAAGGUCACCCUACACUUAACCGAAAUCGUCGCCACCAAGACACUGGCAUAUGGUGCCAUCAUCAACCCUCUAUCAGAGGAUGGGCUCGUCGUCAUCUCACAUGUUACCAACCUCAUGGGUAACGCGAGGUUCGACGAAGUUAGGGAAAUUCUUGCUACAAACCCGCAAGUCCUAAAGAGAGACUCAUUCCCAGUCAUCUUGGCAGCUUCGCAAGAGGCUUUCUCGUUGGCGUAUAGGUGGCCAUACUGGAUCUCGAUUGCUUUUGGUGGUGCUUGCUUCAUCUUGAGCUUCUUUGUUGGGAAUAUCCGGAACCUUCUGACAGCCAAGGUUGCCCAUCCUGUCUGA